AUGGGGAAUUGCCUUCAACUCGCUCUCCUCUGCUUCGCCAUUUUCCUCCUGUGCAAUGCCCAAGAAACCCUCUCCUUCUUUCUCGCCCCCUCACCCACUCAAGAAUUCAACCCCACCACCUACCUACCAUUGAGCUAUUACCCUGAAACCCACACCUCAUUGGCCCCAAUCCUAUCAAAUUUUGGGUACGAAGAGCUGGCCAUGGCCGUCCCCUUCUUGUACGACCCCUUUUCCUCUUCUUGGGCUGGCCCUGCAACUGUCUUCGCCAUUAAUGACACGGCCAUUCGUUCUUGCUCCCAUUGCUCUCGCCUUCAAAUCCUCAAAGAACGCAUAAUCCCUGGUUUUUUCACUUACCACCAUCUCUCUAAGCUCGCACAUGGCACCAAGAUCCAAACCAGGAGCUCCGAUCGCUGUAUAACUGUAACCUCCACAAACUCGACUCAGAACACGGCCAAGAUCUUGAUCGAUGGCGUCCAAAUCACACGUCCUGAUCUCUUCAACGACGGUCUCCUGGUGAUCCAUGGCUUGGAUGGCUUCGUUUUCCCUCUCCCUCCUCAGUCCUGUUUCUCGCCGGCAAAAAGCCCCUCAUGGACGGAAAACUCCACCUCCACAAUGACCCUCACCCCGGAAAACGCCACGGACACCAGAUAUAUGACCCCAGCCAGAGGUCCGAAAACUUUUCCGGCGAUAUCGAUGCGUUUAUCUAUCAGAGACGCGAUGCUCAGGCUUCGAGCCUCGGGCUUCAGCAUCGUGGCCUUGGCCCUGAGAGCCAAGUACCCUGAGCUCGUGGGACUUCGAAAUAUGACCAUAUUUGCCCUCGACGACGCCUCUAUUUUCAGUGGAGGGCACUCCUACGUUAAUAACGUGAGGUUCCAUAUCGUGCCCAACCGUUAUUUGAAGGGAUCGGACUUAGCCCAGAUGAAUAUGGGCUCUAGCCUACGGACCCUGAUUCAAGGCCAAGACCUCGUGGUCACAAACCCUGGCUUAGGUGUGGAUUCGCUGAGGAUCAACUACGUUCCAGUGAAGGGGCCCGACGCGGUGCUCAAUUGGAGGAUUGUGGUGCACAGUAUCUUUGUGCCAUUUCCACGUGUUGGAGUACCGGAUUGGGUGGUCUCGAACGCGUUUGACCAUGGUUUGUUCCAUGAGGUGGGAUCGGUCUCGGACGAGGAUGUGUUGUUCCCUGAGGUCGAACGGACGGCUCGGAUAGCGCCUGAGGGACACGUGGCCGAGAGGGAGAUCGUGGAUGAAGGGCUCUGA